AUGAAGGCGCUACGCGGCGUGCCUUAUGUUGCUGUGAAUUAUACAACAUCUGCUAAUCAUUUCGACCUAGUGAAAAUGAAAGGUGGUCGAGGCAACGACACUUAUAUCGUCGAAAAAAUCGUCGACAAAAAAGUUGAAAACGGCGUAGAAAAGUUCUUCGUCAAAUGGCUUGGUUGGUCGUCAAAGACCAAUACAUGGGAGCCCCGUGAGCACUUGGCAGAGUGCGAAGAUCUAAUCGAGGAGUUUGAGUCGCGAAAAACACCAAGCAAGCGAGGAUCGAAGGGCUUUGUAAAGAGAAAAUCAUCCAAAGGAGCCGCCACCCCCAAUGGAAACGUGUCUCUGAAUACAUCAGCAUCGACAGCGAAGCCGAAAAACGUCGCCGGUGUCGAAUUAGACGAUAUUGAAAACGAGACGACGAACGGCAGUAAAGGCCCCAAGAAUAAAAAGAGAAAUUCCGAAAAAGUAGGAUUUGCACGAGGUCUGACGCCCCUAGAAAUUGUUGGAGCUGUCGAGAAUAAUGGGACGUAUUGUUUUUUGAUAAAAUGGGAAGGUAGCGACGAAACAGAUAUUGUACCGGCGAUUGACGCUCACAAGUUCUGCCCGCAACUUGUUAUACAGUUUUACGAGAAGAGAAUUAUGUGGAAACCAGUCACAAAAUAA